UCAUCAUCAGCAGCUUUAUCAUCAUCAGCAGCAUAAUCAGCAGCAUCAUUAUCAGCAGCAGCAGCAGCAUCAUCAUCAACAGCAGCAGCAUCAUCAGCAUCAUCAUCGGGAGUAGAACGACUUAAAUUGAUUCUCACACCGGGGACUUCAACAAGGCCGCAUUGUGAUGGGUGCCCCACACGCCGUUCGUGCCGCGCUGCCGGUUCUCUCUCUCGUCUCCUUCGUCGCCAUGAUCAUCUUCAACAUAGCAGCCGCCACCGGCUCCAUUAAAGGACUCUUCAGGAACACGACGGGCGCCAUCUCGGGCCGCUACUCGCUGGGCGUCACUCCGGCUGGGUGGACGUUCAGCAUCUGGGGCUUCAUCUACGCGUGGAACGCCCUCUGGGUCACGCACGCGCUCUCCGCACUCUGGCGCCGCGGCCAGGAGGGGCCCCUCUACGCGGAGGCCAGCGCCACGCCGCCGGCCUUCCACCUCAUCUGGCUCCUCAACAACGUCAUCAACGUGGCCUGGCUCUUCCUGUGGGACGCCGAGCUGUUUAUCCCAUCGCUCAUCUUCCUGGCGUUCGUCCCCUUCACGCUCUACCUCAUGCUCGCACUCUCCUACCGCAGCGCGGAGCUGCUGCUCAAAACCAUCGCUCCCCGCGAGCUGUGGCUCACCCGCAUCCUGGCUCACAAUGGGCUGGCCAUGUACGCCACGUGGACAAGCAUCGCCACGCUGCUCAACCUGGGCGUGGUGCUGCGCUACGAAGGCCGAGUGAGCGGCACGGCCACGGACAGCGCCGUGCUCGCCAUCCUCGCCGUGGAGGUGCUCACCUGGUUCGUGCUGGAGGUGGUGGUGCUGGAGCGUCACGUGCGCUACACGCUCACCGUCUACCCCGUGGUGAUCGUGGCGCUCAGCGGCAGCGUGAGCCGCAACUACGACGCGGAGAGCCCCUCCGGCAACGACGUCUUCACGGUGGUGCUGCUGGGCGUGACGUGCGUGCUGCUGGUCGCGCGCCUCGCACUGGCCGUGUGGCGCCACAUGGCGCAGCCCCGCGGGGUCGCGGUGAUUCCGGAAGGCGCAGCCGAGACCUCCAGCGUCCAGCUCUGAGCAUCUCCCCCUCACCCUGCCCUGAGCAUCUCCCUCACCCUGCCCUGCCCAUCUCCCUCACCCUGCUCUGAGUAUCUCCCUCACCCUGCCCUGCCCAUCUCCCUCACCCUGCCCUGGGCAUCUCCCCCUCACCCUGCCCUGGGCAUCUCCCCCUCACCCUGCUCUGGGCAUCUCCCUCACCCUGCCCUGAGCAUCUCCCUCACCCUGCCCUGAGCAUCUCCCUCACCCUGCCCUGAGCAUCUCCCUCACCCUGCCCUGAGCAUCUCCCUCACCCUGCUCUGAGCAUCUCCCUCACCCUGCUCUGAGCAUCUCCCUCACCCUGCCCUGAGCAUCUCCCCCUCGCUGCUCUGAGCAUCUCCCUCACCCUGCCCUGAGCAUCUCCCUCACCCUACCCUGCCCAUCUCCCUCACCCUGCUCUGGGCAUCUCCCUCACCCUGCCCUGAGCAUCUCCCUCACCCUGCCCUGGGCAUCUCCCUCACCCUGCCCUGAGCAUCUCCCUCACCCUGCCCUGAGCAUCUCCCUCACCCUGCCCUGAGCAUCUCCCUCACCCUGCCCUGAGCAUCUCCCUCACCCUGCCCUGCCCAUCUCCCCCACCCUGCUCUGAGCAUCUCCCUCACCCUGCUCUGGGCAUCUCCCUCACCCUACCCUGCCCAUCUCCCUUAUCCUGCCCUGAGCACCUCACGCACACGGGGGUGAUGUUUACACAUUUAGAAGAUGCUACAAGUUUAAAUAUUGAACGGUUUUGCUUGAUUCUAGAAGAGAAACACAGUGGGAUAGUAUUGUUGUUGAAUGUGAGAAGUGGGACAAAGUGAGAGAGGGAGUGUCCUCGUGAACUCCGUGGCCAUUAAGGAUGGACAACUGGUGACUGGUGGUGGAAUGUACCACACAUUCAGGGAAAGAUUGAUUUUUGCAAUUGACCAAAGUCACCCACAAAUAUUAAUUAAAUGUUUUUGGCAAUGCUGCUGUGUAAACAGACAGACAACAGCAGCAGAAGCAUCAACACGUUCCUUGAUAAUGAACACAACACUGCACGCGUGUGCGCGCGUGUGUUUGCGGAUCGACGUUUGGGACGAGAGUGUGUGUGCUGUGAAGGAGGGCCAUUGCCCGAAACGUCGCUCUGCUGUAUAAAUUAUGUUCUUUUAAGAGUCACACACGCGCGCGCAGUGUCGUUCCGAGUUUGUUUUUGUUGCUAUGAGAGCACACGCCGUGUCAUUCCCCGUCAACAGCCACACAUCUGAUUGACAUUAAAAUUCUCAGUAUUCACCACCCUC